AUGGUAAAUGCAAACGAAUGGUUGAAUAAUAAAAUUCCUGCAGAUAAAAGAAAGCCAAUAACACAUUUUAAUAUCAACAGCUGCACUGGUUGUAGUAGUGUCGGUACAACUAACAUCAAUUAUUAUGGUAUUUUGGAAGGAGAGCUAGAUCUUAAUGAAUUUGUUAGUUUGAAGGAGCUUUAUAUUACAGGUGAUGGGAACCAGCAACAAAAGCUAACUAGUUUGAAAGUUGAUAAAUGCACUAAAUUAACUAAUAUUACGAUUAAUUUUACUACUCUUGGUUACUUAUAUUUUGGAAGUAAACCAAACUUGGUUUCUGCUAAUUUCAGCAGAAAUAAACGACUCAAUUUUUGUGACAAUGACUUAAAAAAUCAAGUAGGAAAAUUAACUACUUUGAUUCUAAUUACAGAUGAUUUAAAAUUAGAGACUAAGAAAAUUAAAGAAAAGAGCUUAGAGUACCAUUUAGAUGUUAUUAGAAAUGGCUUGGAUAAGGCAAAUCAGUUGUGGUUAGAAAGCUUACAAGAUACUCAGGAAGAAGUUUUACGUAGUAACAGCGCUUAUGCCCGUAAACAGUUGGAAAGAUGCAAAAAUGGACUAUCUGAGGUGCUAACUGAUGAAGAAAUCCAAGAUAUUUUAGGAAAAAUAAUAGAAAUCAAUGAAUUGGGUACUCAAUUAAAUAAUCGCAAUAGAUUGCAGAAUUUGUCUUUGAAUGGUUAA